AUGGAGUGUAUAAAUAUAAACUAUUUUUUUCAAUCAAAAGCAUUAUUCCGGUCAAUUGAUCUAUAUCUAAAAAACAUGCGGUUAUUAGUUGGUUUCGUAGUCGUUACAUAUGCCAUUAGUUGUGCAAUCUGUAUCCCGGUGGCUGAUGAAAAUAGCAGAAUUCUAUUGAAUCCCGCUAAUCUUCAAUCAAUAUGGCCACAACUUCAACUACUUUUAGGCGGUGAUAAACUACAACAAUUGGAAGAUCAAUUGACUACUUUAGUAUUGAAUGCCAUUGAAAACCAUGCGGGUGUUCAGACUCUUGCACAACAGAUGCAGAAUCUAGUAGGUCAAUUCUUGCCACAAGCUGCCUUACAACGAAUUGAUUUUGAGCAAGGAGCACGAGAUGCAAUGGACGUUAUUCUCAGUCUAUUACCAACUGUGGUUUCUAUUCUCGGGAGCUUUUUGGGUAAACGUGAAAUUGGCGAUGAACGACUGAAUGCUCAACAAUUAUUGGCCACAUUACCCGCUGAUAAAAUUGCUAAAUUAGUUCAAGCAUUUUUGAAUGCCAAUCAUGAUAAAGUAACAAAAGUACUUGAAAAAAUUCGUGAAUUGUUAGAACAGUUUUUUCCACAAUAUAAUGGGCGAAUUGAUUUUAAUAGUUUAGCUGGAACCGUAUUCAAUACUUUAAUGGAGAAUAUACCGGGAUUGGCCAACGGAUUAAGCUCGUUUUUCGGCAUCGGCAAGUGA